AAAGAGAAACGGUCAGAAAUUUCCCGACGAAGCCUGCAUGCAAAAGACUGCUGUGAAAAAAAGUAUAUCAAAAACAUAGUAAAUAGGAGAAUCAAGGGGAUCUUUGAGGAAUACGAGGAGUCUCAUCAUGCGCAAAAGUGAGGUUCUGGCUGCAGAGUCUGUGGCAUGUCUGAAUAAAGCCCUUUGCCGACUGAAAGACAUCUGGGAGGAGAUUGGGAUCCCAGAGGACCAGCGAUUGCAGAGGACGGAUGUGGUAAAAAAGCACAUUAAAGGGCUGUUGGACAUGAUGAUUGCAGAAGAAGAGAACCUCAAGGAACGGCUGCUGAAGAGUAUUGAAAUGUGCCGCAAAGAGCUGGAUGUGCUGUGCAGGGAGCUUCACCUGACAUCGUUUGAGGAAGAAGAAGGCAGCACAGUGCUGCAGCUGGAAAAGGAUAUUCGCACGCGGCUGGAGGUGAUGUUAAAACAGAAGAAUCAGAGAAUGCAGGAGCUAAAGGCACUGAAAGAGCAGGACCAGGACCUGUGUGACAUUCUGUGCAGCGAUUCCUACUGCAUCGACAGCGACGCCGUGCCCACCCUGGAGCAGCUAGACCACUUCCGCCAUCACAUUGCCAACCUCGUGGCAGAAAAGGAGCGGAGACGCAGCGAGUUUGUUGGCAUCAAAAGGCAAAUUAUCUUGUGCAUGGAGGAGCUGGAUCAUUUGCCAGACACCAGUUUUGAAAGGGAUGUGGUGUGUGAGGAUGAGGAGGCUUUUUGUCUGUCUACCGAGAAUAUUGCCAGCCUUAAAUUGCUCCUAACGCAGCUGCAAGAGCGCAAGGCUCAGAAUGAAGCUGUGUGUGCCGCCUACCGCAGCCAGAUCCAGGAGCUGUGGGACAGGCUGCAGGUUCCACAGGAGGAAAGAGAUGUUUUCUCUGAGCAUAUGCUUUCAUCCAGGAAGAGAAACAUGGAAGCAUUACAAACAGAAGCAGAGCGCCUACAAGAGCUAAAACUACAGAAUAUUAAAAAUGUUAUAGAAGCUAUCCGAGUGGAGCUGGCCUCAUACUGGGACAAAUGUUUUUUCAGUACCGAGCAGCGCGGAGCCUUUGCUCCAUAUUCUGAUGAUGAUUACACAGAGGACCUGCUGAGCCUGCAUGAUGCUGAGAUACUGCGUGUCAAACAACACUAUGAGGAUCACAAAGAACUCUUUGAGGGGGUGGACAAAUGGCAAGAAACAUGGAGUCUCUACUUGGAGCUUGAGAAAAAAGCAACCGAUCCCUCUCGGUUUACAAACAGGGGAGGGAACCUUCUAAAAGAAGAGAAACAGAGAGCUGAUCUGCAGAAAAGCCUGCCCAAGCUGGAGAGGAAGCUGAAGACGCAGAUUGAUGUCUGGGAGCAGGAACAGGGCAGAGAGUUCCUGGUCAACGGCCAGAAGUUCCUGCAGUACGUGGAGGAGCAGUGGGAGCUCUACCGCCUGGAGAAGGAGAGGGAGAAACAGGAUCGGCAAUUGAAAAAAAGUAAGCAGACAGAGGAAGAUAUGCUGUACGGUACUAUUCCUAGAACACCAUCGAAACGGAGGCUUCUUGGGACAAAUACGCCUGGAAAAACACGAAAGUUCAAUGCAACCUCUAUCUCUAGUGGCACCUCCAACAGUACCAUGCGGUCUGCCUGCGGAGGGACGCUCUGCUACUCCCCAGUCUCCCGCCCCCCUCUGUCAGGAGGCAAGCAGGGCCACUUGGCUCGAACUCCAGGACACGGCAAGCCUCCCCGCACGGGCCUGCUGGAGCGCAAUAAGGAGAAUAUCUGUCACCUGAAUGGAACAGCUCUGAGUGGUGCGUUGAGGACGGCAGCUAGUCCACAGCGUAACUUCAGCAUUAACUCUGUUGCCAGCACCUAUUCCGAGUUUGCGAAGGAAUUUGUCAACAUUGAUUCCAUCGCCCUUCUAUUAAGCGAGAACUCUCAAAAGCAUCAAAAUCUAACUACAAGACCGGAAUCUUAAACUCCACCAUCACUCAUAAUUGUAUUUGACUGGGAGAUGAGUUACAAGGCAGUCCUGUACCUGCUUGGGCAAAUGUAUGAAGUUGUAUGUAAAUAUGAUUGAUCACUGUCAUUUUACUCAAUUGUAAAUUUCAAUGAAGGUAAAGGUGUGAAGAAUACAGCAGCAUAACCAGCAAAAACUAAACUCUGCAUGCAAAACAAGUUACCUUAUAUAAACAUUUAUCUAUACUGUAACACUAUUUCAAGGCUUUUUGACACUAACAGAAGCAUGCCUGUUGAAACAAUUCCUCUUUUUAAACAAAAAAAAAAAGAUGGGUUUGAUGGUUUUUAAGCUCUGUAAACUCUAUUUGCUCCGUAACUGCA